AUGAAACAAUAUAAAAUUAUCUUUUCACUUCUACUUUUAACACUCAUUUUAACAUGCACUGGACUCUUUCUAACCAUUUACUUUUCGUUUAGAUCUAGAGGUGAUAGUAUAUUAUCAGCUAAUUUUGAAUGGAUCGAAAACGAUAAAACUCUUCUUGGGUCACCAAAUAUGUUGAUUAAGGUGAAUGUGUUACUUGAUGAACUUUCAAAGAGUUUAAACAUCAUAAACGAUCGAGAAAAAUAUUUUUAG